GUCGGGGCCGGGCGGCGGCAUGGCGGAGAGCGAGGCAGAGACCCCCAGCACGCCGGGUGAGUUCGAGAGCAAGUACUUCGAGUUCCACGGCGUGCGGCUGCCGCCCUUCUGCCGCGGGAAGAUGGAGGAGAUCGCCAACUUCCCAGUGCGGCCCAGCGACGUAUGGAUCGUCACCUACCCCAAGUCCGGCACCAGCUUGCUGCAGGAAGUGGUCUACUUGGUGAGCCAGGGGGCUGACCCCGAUGAGAUCGGCUUGAUGAACAUCGAUGAGCAGCUCCCGGUCCUGGAGUACCCUCAGCCAGGCCUGGACAUCAUCAAGGAACUGACAUCUCCCCGCCUCAUCAAAAGCCACCUCCCCUACCGCUUCCUGCCCUCUGACCUCCACAACGGCGAUUCCAAGGCUGCUGCUGCACUGCGCCCUGCCGCCAGGAUGGCAGACUGCCGAUGGCUCGGGCUGGCCGGUGUUGGGGGUUCCCGUUUCCCAGCCUUGGUCAUGCAUGUACGCAUGGCUCUGCCACUCGGUGGGCUUCAGCAGGUGCACGUGGGACCCCCCAGUGCCCCCCACCAGAGAGGACGCACAGCGAUGCCCCCGCUGGUGCCCAAGACCUGUACCUGCUUCUCUCGGGGCCGCAACCCAGUGCCCCCGCCUCUGUGCACUGCCCGCCCAGCCCCCAUGGAUCGCUCCAAGCUUGCCCGCCGUGGGAGGCACCCGCUCCAGGCCUUGGGGCUCCCUCCCAAUGCUGGUCACUCCCAUGUGGCCAUCACCAGUGUCCUUGCUGUUUGCCAUCCGGCCGGGAGCUCCUCUGGCCUUGGGCCUUCGUGUCCUGGGGUUCGGGAGGCGGACGGGCGCUCAGCUGAACUGACUGGCCCUGGGCCCCAGCCCCUCUGGGCGGCCCUCUCUUGUGGUCACCGUGUGUCAGAGAAGCUCCUGGAGCCUGUGCCUGUGUACCCGGGAACGGAGGCCUUCCUGCUCAGGGUCCUGCUUCCAGAGGCCCCACCGGUGGGCUAUGGCUCCUGGUUUGAGCACGUGCAGGAGUUCUGGGAGCACCACAUGGAUUCGAACGUUCUUUUCCUCAAGUACGAAGACAUGCACCGGGACCUGGUGACCAUGGUGGAGCAGCUGGCCAGGUUCCUGGGGGUGUCCUGCGACAAGGCCCAGCUGGAGUCGUUAAUCGAGCACUGCCACCAGCUGGUGGACCAGUGCUGCAACGCCGAGGCCCUGCCUGUGGGCCGGGGAAGGGUCGGGCUGUGGAAGGACAUCUUCACCGUCUCCAUGAACGAGAAGUUCGACCUGGUGUACAAGCAGAAGAUGGGGAAGUGCGACCUCACGUUCGACUUCUAUUUGUAAUGUCAGCAACCGCACACUUGCAUGCUCACAGUACCCAGACACCAUAGCGCAGAGUCCCGUGUGCACUCAUUUGUUUCCUGCUGGACAGACUCUGGAAGUGAGACCCCGGGGGAGGGAGGGACAUGGCCCGAGAAGUUGGAUAAAGCAGGUUUGAGUUCUGAUCCAGAGCAGCUGUCUCGCCUUUGAAGUCUAAAUGUCUGCCCACAAAGAUGGCGGUUCUGGUGGACCACAUGUGUCACGUCCGUUAACAUAUGCAACUAGAGUGUCUACGUUUAUUACAACCCACACUAUGUAUUGUAUUUUAUAGAGCUUUUCACUGGAAACCUAAAUAAAUGUCAGUAAACCAAAUAAAAUUUCAUUUCCGAGGGGCUCAGGAGAGCCACACCCAGGUGGUA